AUGAAUCGUUUUUUUGGUACAUCAAAGAAAACACCCAAGCCAAACUUAAGUGAUGCGAUAGCAUCGACAGAUUCAAGAGUUGAUGCAGUGGAGGUAAAGAUAAAAAAAUUGGAUGCAGAACUUGUCAAAUACAAAGAUCAAAUGAAGAAGAUGAAGGAUGGGCCUGCAAAAAAUACGGUCAAGAGCAAGGCGUUAAGAGUUCUUAAACAAAAAAAAUUGUAUGAAUCACAACGAGAUCAACUUCAACAACAAUCAUUUAAUAUGGAGCAAGCGUCAUUCACCACAGAUAAUCUACGUAAUGUGAUGACCACCGUUGAUGCGAUGCAAACCGCCAAUAAAGAGAUGCAAAAGCAAUACAAAAAGAUUGAUAUUAAUAAAAUCGAGGUACCGAUUAAUUUCACGAGGAAUGACAUGGAAGAUCUUUUUGAGCAAGCUAAUGAUAUACAAGAAACACUUGGUAGAACGUAUGGGCUUCCUGAAGAUAUUGAUGAAAAUGAAUUAGAAGCAGAAUUGGAUGCAUUGGGAGAUGAAUUAAUGUUCGAGGAAGAAGAAGAACCAUCAUAUCUACAAGAAACUCCCACAUCAAUAGAUACAUCAAAUGCCGAGCUUGCUGAAUUAGAAGGAAUGAAUCUUUCGAAUGUGCCUGAAAUAGAAACACCAAUGAAGAAUGUUGCCUAG